GUCACUUAGUGCUGUGCUGGGAUUUACUGUGGAUCUGCUGAAGUAAACACACACACAUUCAUCCUUUUUUCAAGGAUUUAAAAAACCCAACUCAAAACAAAAAACAGUGUUUUUCAGUAUAACCAGUAAGGCCUGAUGAGAAGGGUCUCUUUAGUGCCUUCAUGAAACCCCAGCACGUCUUCCUCCUCCUGUAUUGGGUAUCACAAUCAGGUGUCGUGUGGGUAGAAGCACAUAAUGGUACCUGCAGUGCUAGCAGCAGUAACAGCUCAUCCCAACAGUGUGGACAUGUAUCGGACUCUACCUCCCAGUUCCUGCAGUGUGCAGGGGUUCCCUCCGGGCCCCUCGCCGACCGCCAGCACAUGCACAACCUAGUACGACUGGUGGACGCCACCCUGGACGUCUACUCAUUCAUGAGGUCGGCUCUGAGCCAGGGCCCGGCACUGGAGCUGUCCGGUGGCAUCCAGGUGACGCCGCUGGGCCUGGUGAGCGAGGCGGACGUGCUGAAGGUGUGGCUGGAGGUCAAGAUGAAGCCCCUCCUCUCCUCCGUCUCACAGCAAUUCCUGCGUUGCCUCGGCAACAAGAACCUCAGCUGCGAGGCCUACCACACGGUGGUGGAGGAGCUGAGUCAUCACUUCUCUGGCAUGGACUCUUUUCGGCAGAAAUGGAUCUACAUGUUCUUCAUGUACCCCUUCCUGUCUGACAACAGAACAGCAGGCUGCAUGCACUUGAGUAACAGCAGUGAGGACUGGCUGAUGAAGAACUUUGGCUCUUUCUCUGUCAUGGCCACCAUGAAGGACCUGUCAUCACUUAACAUGGUCUUCAGCGGGCUGGACGUGUUGCACCUGUUAACGCCGGAGCAGAGGGCAGAGCUGCUGCUUCAGCCUGGGGUGGCCGGGCUGGACCACGGAGUCCUGAGCCUGGUCUUCAACAACCUCCUAGAGCCCAUCAUGCCCCAUGGCUCUCCUCGGCCCACACAUCUCCCUCCCCCUGCUGCUACUGCCACUGCUAUGACUCCAUAUGGCUCCUUCACUGGAAACCACACCACCACAACCACACAACCACAUACCACUACAAAGGACCCUGCCAGAGAGGUGGCAGAUGGGCUCAUGACUUUCCUCCAGCCCGUCGGGAGCUUCGCCAGAGACUUUGUUGCCUUCACCAAAGAGAACAACCUCACCGAAAUGCGUAGUGCCACUCUGAUCCAGGCCAUGAUAAACUGGACCUUAGCAGAACUGGCUGCUCCCUACAAGAACCAAACCCAAACGGAGCAGAACCAGGUCUCCUUUGACCCCCUGGACAUCAACGACUGGUUCCUGCAUGCUGUGGUUCCAGUUCUGAGACGCUAUCUGCCUCACGACCAGACGCAGAUCCCGGAGAACAUCACUGCAGUCUUCCACAGCCUAUUUUAUAUCCAGACCGGUUUGGAGUCUGACUCUGAAGAGGCAGAAGAGGACGUUGAUAUCUGUAGACUGACCAUUGAUCAGAGGUCAUGUGCUUUGACUGAUGUGGUGGAGGAGGUAGCUCGUGUGAUGCACUGUGCAGCGAAGACUAACCUGAGUCUGACUGAGGAGACCUUCCUGAAACUAGUGAUGGAGCUCGCCUCUCCUCUAAACACUCUCAUGCGGCAGCUCUCACAGACGAACUUCAGUUCUCCUGACUCGCCGUUCGCUGACGUCCUGGAGAAGUUUGUCGCAGGUCCCCUGACGCAGGAGAACCACGGAGACGUGUCCUUCAUCAAGCUCUGGUUCCAGAUCAGGCUGAGACCUCUACUGCCCUCCAUCACGCCAGAGUACCUGUCCUGCCUCAGUGGAAAGCCCUUCACCUGCGAAGUCUACCAAGAACUUGUGAAGGCCCUGGGUGAGCACAUGGACGACAUGCAUGAGGGAGGAUCUGAGAUGGUGCUGCAGCACUUCCUCAUUCCCUACCUGGCCAACCCCAACAGCACAGAGCCGGGAUGUGUGGCAUCCUCCCAUGACAGUGCUGAUUGGAUGAUGAAGAACAUGGGCCGCUUCUUCCCAAUGGCGACACUGAUGGAGGUGUACGGCAUCAAUCAGAACUUCUCUGCUAUGGAGGUGAUGGGGAUGCUGUCCCCCAGGCAGAUGGCAGAGCUGAUGGUGGCUCCCCUCCCCCGGCUGCCCCCUAAACAGGAGCUGGUGGACCGCGUCUUUGAUCACCUGCUCAUAGACCCUGUGGAGAGGGAUCUACCCGAAGUGCUCAACCACCUCGUGAGAUUCAGCCACCAUAUGAUGAUGGACUGCGAGUCCUACCAGACCAUAGUAGAGAAGCUGUAUGAUGUAUUGUGGUCGGUACCACGCAUGAUGGAACCAGUGAUCUGGGAAACCAUUCACACCCUAAGGCAACCUUCAGGUAAUGAUGAGCGCUGUCCAGUGAUACACUUCAACGAAAGCAAAAUGUGUGCUGGAGUGAACAGCUCUGAGCUGGAGCCCCACCUAAUGGCAGGGAAGGUUCCCUGCAAUUUCACCUUGACAGAGUACGCCUGCUCCCAGUUUGACAACUUCUCUGCACAUCACCUGGCCCAACUAUUGGUCUGCAAGCUGUCCGGCAACAUGACUCACUCCAGGGAGACCUGGAAGCUGCUCCUCACCAAAACAUCUGAUCUUCUGGACGAAGCUCUAGUGGUGUUCUCCAACAUCAUGUCCAUGAAGGCCUCAAACUUGUCUGGUCCUGUUAUGGGUCCUCUGUCCGGUCCCUCCGUCUCCAACCUGUUGGACGUGCUACGGGACAUGAGACUAGAUCAGUUCGGGCCGGAGCGUUGGAGCGACGCCUCCUACAUCUCCUCGCUGUUCAACACCAGCCUGGCGCCACUCCUGCCCGCGGCCUCUGGGGGAUUCCUGCACUGCCUGAGCACCAAGAACUUCACAUGCGACACCUACCAGAUCAUAGUGCAGGCGUUUGUGCACCAGUUCCACCACCUGAGGGAGCCGAUGAGAGAAAAAGUUCUGGAUCUCUUCAUCCUGCCAUACCUGCAGGGCAACUACUCAGGACAAGCGUGUGCUCAUAAUGACAGCUAUGAUUGGCUACAGAACAACUUUGGACCAUUCUCUGUCUUUACGGAGCUCAGAAGUCUCUUUGAUGCAAACAAGGCCUUUGAUCCACUGGCAGUUUUGGAUCUCCUCAGUCCUCGACAAAUGGCUGAGUUGAUGGUUGUGCCCCUCCCUCAUCGCCAAGGCAAAGAUGAGGUGAUCCACAUGGUUCUAGAACACCUGCUGGAAUCCCCAGUUGACCGGAAGCUUCCAGAAGUUCUAGAACACACCCUAGCCCUGGCCAGAGAGACGGAAGCACCUUGUCUGUUCUACCAAACUAUAAUCCCUGGAUUGAGUGGAUAUUUGACGUUAGAAUCAGGAGAUAUGGAGCCUGUCAUCAGGAGAGCUGUGCAGCAGCUUCUCCACAUUACUCCACAAGACUGCAUCGUUUCUCUAUCAGCUCAGUGCCCUGCCACACCAGUUAAUGAGAGCAGAAUUUGUGAGGAUGUCAACAGCAUGGCUCUGCAGUCUCACCUGGCCGCUGGAGUGGUCCCCUGCAACGCAAGCCUGGAACACUAUGCCUGUGCACAGUUGACCAACUUCACUGCCCAGCACCUGGCCCACCUGUUGGUGUGCAAGCUGUCCAGUAACGUUACGCUGUCCAGCAAUGAGACACACUCCAGGGAGACCUGGAAGCUGCUUCUCACCAAAACAUCUGGCGUCCUGGACGAAGCUCUUGUGAUGUUCUCACACAUGGUCUCAAAGGAGUCUGUACCAUUGAUGAGUAUGUCAGUGACUCCCGUCUUGGAUGUACUUGGGGAGCUCCGUUUGAACCUGUUCGGUGACCAGCAGUGGAGCGACAUAGGCUUUAUUUCCUCCGUGUUCAGUGGAGGCCUGCGGCCAUUCCUACCCUUCGCCUCGGGAAGCCUUCUGGAGUGCGUCAGUGGCCGGAACCUCACCUGUGAAACCUACCAGCACAUUGUGGGUGAACUGAGCAGCCAUUUUGUUGCCAUGGAGGAGGACCAGGUGAUGGGAGUUGUCAAAUUCUUCAUCUUGCCAUACCUGUCCAGAAACUCCUCAGACUCAGGAUGCAUCUCCAACAACAGCAGGGCAUGGCUUCUCAACAACUUUGGACAAUUCUCAGUCCUACUCCCACUCGGAAGUCUACUUGAUCUCAACAUGCAUUUCAAUCCAUUGUUGGUGCUGGACCUGCUGUCUCCCAAGCAGAUUGCUGAGCUGGUGCACCUGCCUCUCCCUCUGCCAGGUUCUCCCCGUCAGGAGGUGGUUAUCGAUGCCGUCUUCAACCACCUCCGCCGGGACCCCGUGCAGAAUCAGAUGCCUGAGGUUUUGCACCAUCUCGUCAGGAUCGCAGGACAGAAUGAAAUACCAUGUGGUAUACUCCAAUCUGUGUCUGAGAACUUGUUCCUGUCCCUGUCCUUUGUGCCCGAUACACUGGAACACGUCAUCUACACAACCGCAGAGCACCUCAGCGGAAACUCAACAGAAGGUUGCAACCUUCCUCUACCACCUACAUGCCCCUUCACAAAGAUCAAUGAGAGUGAAAUUUGCAUGGGAGUCAACAGCUCUGAACUGCAGCAUCAUAUCAGCAAGGAUGUCGCCCAUGUGCCCUGCCAAUACACUGUAUCACAAUACGCAUGUGCACAGCUGACCGACUUCACUGCCAAGCACCUGGUGUACUUGCUGAAUUGCAAGCUGUCCAGUAAUGAGACUAACUCCAAGAAGACAUGGAAGCUGCUGCUCACCAAAACCAAUACCGUCCUAGAUCAAGCGGUCCUCAUGUUCGCCAACACUGUCUCCAACAUGUCUCUACCCAUGUUCGGACCAUCUGUAUCCAUGGUGUUGGACGCCGUUGCUGAGAUCCGACUGUUCCGGUUUGGCCCCGAGCUCUGGAGUGACCCUGGCUUCGUCUCCAUGGUGUUUGGGGAGCGCCUGAGGCCGUUCCUCCCCCACGCCAGCAGGGGGCUCCUGCAGUGCGUCGGCAGCAAGAACCUCAACUGCCAGACGUACCAGCACAUAGUGGGAGAGUUCAGUCAUCAAUUUGACCACAUUCCUAAGCCACACAGAGAGGUCUUCGUAGAGUCCUUCAUCACACCGUUCCUGACCAGGAAUUCAACAGCCUGCUACUCUAAUGACAGUGUGGAAUGGCUCCUCGACAACUUUGGACCAUUCUCUGUCCUGGUGCCCCUCCAGGAACUGCUCACUCUCAACAACGGCUUAGAUCCAGUGCCAGCCCUGUCCGUUCUCUCCCCCAGUCAGAUGGCUGAGCUGGUGUCUCUGCCUGUCUAUCCUGAUAUGACGGCAGCCAUCCACAGUGUCUUCUACACACUGGCACAGUCUAACAAGGCAGCAGAGCUCCAAGAGUUCCUCCACCACCUCACCAUGCUCUCCAGACAGGUCAUGAUUCCAUGUGAGUCUUAUACAAUCAUCUUUGGGAGGCUGUACUGGGCCGCGUCUUCUGUUCCGCGUUUGAAUGAGCCUCUCGUCUGGGCAGCCAUACAUUCACUAAUGGAAACAAGCCCAGCAGAGUGCCUGCCUGUCGCUGGAAAUUGCCCACUGAUAAUGGUCAAUGAAACUGGGAUGUGCAUGGCUGUCGAUAGUUCUGCACUACAACAACACCUAGAGGCCGGAACAGACAUGGCAAGCCUGUGUGCCUUUGAUUUGAACCAGUUUGCCUGCACAGAUCUGACCAACUUCACUGCCCAUAACUUGGCUCACCUGCUGGUGUGCAAGCUGUCCAGCAACAUGACUCACUCCAGGGAGACCUGGAAGCUGCUCCUCACCAAAACAUCUGAUGUCCUGGACGAAGCUCUCAUCAUGUUCUCACACACAGUUUCCAACAUGUCCUUGCCGAUUGGUGGUCCAUCUAUAACCAUGGUAUUGGACGUGCUUGGAGAGAUCCGAUUGGACAGGUUUGACCAAGAGGUGUGGAGCAACAUGGUGUUUGUCUCCGGCCUGUUCGGUGAAAGCCUGAGGCCGUUCCUUCCCUUCGCCUCAGGUGGCCUUCUGCAGUGCGUCAGCAGCAAGAAUAUCACCUGUGAAACUUACCAGCAUUUAGUGGGACAGUUGAGUCAUCAGUUUGACCACAUUCCCAAGAUGCACAGAGAGGUCGUUGUUGACAACUUCAUCAAACCAUUCCUGACCAAGAACUCUACAGUUGCAGCCUGCUACUCUAAUGACAGUGUGGAAUGGCUCCUCAACAACUUUGGACGAUUUUCCGUCUUGGUGCCCCUCCAGGAACUGCUCGCUCUCAACAAGAUGUUUGAUCCAGUGCCAGCCCUGUCCGUUCUCUCUCCCAGUCAGAUGGCUGAGCUGGUGUCUCUGCCUGUCUAUCCUGAUAUGACGGCAGCCAUCCACAGUGUCUUCUACACGCUGGCUCAGCCUAACAAGGCAGCAGAGCUCCAAGAGUUCCUCCACCACCUCACCAUGCUCUCCAGACAGGUCAAGAUUCCAUGUGACUCUUACACGAUCAUCUUUGGGAGGCUGUACUGGGCUGCAUCUUCUGUUCCGCGUGAGAAUGAGCCUCUCGUCUGGGCAGCCAUACAUUCACUAAUGGAGACAAGCCCAGCAGAAUGCCUGCCUGUCGCUGGAAAUUGCCCACUGAUAAUAGUCAAUGAGACUGGGAUGUGCAUGGGGGUCGAUAGUUCUGCGCUGCAGCAACACCUGGAGGCCGGAUCAGACAUGGCAAGCUUGUGUGCCUUCGAUGUGAACCAGUUUGCCUGUGCAGAUUUGACCAACUUCACUGCCCAUCACCUGGCUCACCUGCUCGUGUGCAAGCUGUACAGCAACAUGACUCACUCCAGGGAGACCUGGAAGCUGCUCCUCACCAAAACAUCUGCAGUUCUGGACGAAGCUCUCAUCAUGUUCUCACACACAGUCUCCAACAUGUCCUUGCCGAUUGGUGGCCCAUCUAUAACCACUGUAUUGGACGUGCUUGGAGAGAUCCGAUUGGACAGGUUUGACCAAGAGGUGUGGAGCAACAUGGCGUUUGUCUCCGGCCUGUUCGGUGAAAGCCUGAGGCCGUUCCUUCCCUUUGCCUCAGGUGGCCUUCUGCAGUGCGUCAGCAGCAAGAAUAUCACCUGUGAAACUUACCAGCACUUAGUGGGACAGUUAAGUCAUCAAUUUGACCACAUUCCCAAGAUGCACAGAGAGGUCAUUCUUGACAACUUCAUCAAGCCAUUCCUAACCAAGAACACCACAGUCUUAGCCUGCUACGCUAAUGACAGCGUGGAAUGGCUCCUCAACAACUUUGGACAGUUCUCUGUCUUGUUGUCCGUCCAGGAACUGCUUGGUCUCAACAACAUCUUUGAUCCACUGCAAGCGCUGGCCAUCCUCUCUCCUCUCCAGAUGGCGGAGCUGAUGGUGCAGCAUCGCUUCCCUGGUUUCCCAGGUCGGGCAGUGGCCAUCAAUGCUGUAUUCGAUUACUUGACCACCAGUGGACAGAAGCUUCCAGAGGUCCUCCAUCAUCUGGUUGUAUUCGCCAAACAGGUUAUGAUACCUUGUGGAAUCUAUGAAAUCCUUUUUGAGCGGCUGUAUCAGAUCUUGCCCUAUGAGCCUCGCCCAAUUGAACCACUAAUCUGGGCCACCAUAGAUGACCUCAUGCAGACAUCACCCAAAGACUGUCUACCUGUGGACCUGACAUGUCCCAUCACACCAUUUAAUGAUUCUCGAGUAUGUGCAGGCAUUAACAGUUCCGCACUGCAGAGCCAUCUGGAUAGCAUGAGUGCAAUGCCAAUGUGCAACUUCAGUUUGGAAGAGUAUGCUUGCGCUGAUCUGGGACAUACCUCUGCUGAGCAUCUGGCCUCCCUGCUGAAGUGUAAGCUGUCUAGCAACAUGGCCGUCUCCAAGGAGGCGUGGAAGCUGCUCCUCACCAAAACCUCUGCCGUGCUGGACCAGGCUCUCGGCAUCCUCGCAAACAUGUCGGUGACGCUGAGCGGUCCGUCGGUCCCUCUGGUUCUGGACGUGAUCAGGGAGAUGCGUUUGGACCUGCUGGACGCGCAGCAGCUGAAUCAGAUGGACGUGCUCUCGGCCUGGCUCGGCGGCCAUCUUGUGCCCUUCCUGCCGUCGGCCUCAGGCGUCUUCAUGCAUUGCCUCAGCAGCAGACCCAUCAGAUGCGCUAGCUACCAACACACACUGGACCAGUUCAUUCGUGUCUUCAAUCAGAUGGAUGAUGGCCACAGAAAGACAGUUGUGAAGUACUUCAUCCAGAACUUCCUGUCCAAAAACUCAACGGGAGCGUGUGCCACCAACAACAGUGCAGUGUGGCUGCAGGAGAACUUUGGGCCGUUCUCCGUGUUCACACAAGUUGCUGAGCUGGUCUCCCUCAACCCGGAGUUCAACCCUGUAGUGGUGGUGGAGGUGUUGACUCCUCAGCAGGUGGCUGAGCUGCUGGUGGUGCCCGUGCCCGGCCUGACUGACAAGGAGCAGGUCAUCAACAGCGUCUUCGACUACCUGCUCUCCUCCCCUGCACUGCAGAAUGACCGCCUGCCCCAGGUGUUGCAGAGCGUAGUCGCGCUUACUGCCACGGUAUCUCUGGAUUGCCCAUCCUACCAGACCAUUUUCAAGAGGCUGAAUGGCAUUCUGAAGUCAUCACCCGGCGCCCUGGAGCCAAUCAUCUGGGCGAGCAUUUAUGACCUCACGCACACGGCUCCAGCAGGAUGUGACUUGUUCAUGGAUACUGAUCAGUGUCCCUUCACUCUACACAAUGAAACUCUUGUGUGCAACAGCGUCAACAGUGCACCUUUCCAGCAGUCUCUGGCUACAGGCAGUGUGGAUGUGUGUGGCUUCAGCAUCUCGGAGAUGGCAUGUGCUUCGUUGGAGAACUUCACUGCUGGUCACCUGGUCAGCUUGCUUCAGUGUCACCUAUCCCGCAACUCACCUGAGCCCAGGUCUGCCUGGAAGCUCCUGCUCACCAAGACCUCCGACAUCUUGGAUGAGGCCCUGCACACCUUCUCCAACCAGACAAAGUCUAUCGAAGGUCCCUCAGUCGCGAUUGUCCUGGACAUCAUCCGAGAGGUCCGACUGGACAGGUUCCUACCGCAAGAAGUCGGGGACGCUGGCUUCCUGUCAGAGUGGUUCAUGGGAAGGUUGCGUCCGUUCCUCCCCUCGGCCUCUCCAGCGUUCCUCAGUUGCAUCAGCAGCAAGGCCCUCACCUGUGCUUCCUACCAGAGUGUACUCAAGGCCUUCAGUCAUCAGCUGUCAGACAUGAGCACAUCCCAGCAGGAAGUUGUCCUCCAUUACUUCAUCGCUCCCUUCCUAUCCAGAGCAGGAUCAGCGUGUGUCUCCAACAACAGUGUUGUCUGGCUCCAGUCUAAUUUGGGGCCGUUCUCUGUCCUGGCAAACGCCUCCUUCCUGCUGCAACUCAAUGACAUAUUCAAGCCGUUGGAGGCGCUGGAGGCUCUGUCACCUGUCCAGAUAACGGAGUUGAUGGUGGCUCCUCUGCCUGGCCUGGCUGACAAGGAGGAGGUCAUCAACGCGGUGUUCGACUUCCUGGCUCCCAUGCCAGAGAAGCUGCCGGAAAUCCUGCAGAGCAUCGUGGCCGUUUCUGGGCAACCGGACUCCCAGGACAUCAUCCCUUGCUCCUCUUACAAAGUUCUAUUUAACCGCAUGGAUCAGCUGAUUCCUGUUGUGUCAGUAGGGGUGGAGAUGGCCAUCACCUCAACCAAGACUACACUCCUUAGCAGAGUACCACCAGGUUGUAUCAUCUACAGUGGAGAGUGUAAUGUCACUCCAGUUAAUGAGACGGAAAUCUGUGCCAGUGUCAACAGCACUGCCCUGCAGCACCUCCUGGCCAGCCAGGCGGUGUCCAGCACUCUCUGCUCCUUCAGCAUCCCCCAGUAUGCCUGCGCUGAGCUGUCUGCUUUGACGUCUGAGGAGCUGGUGACGCUGUUGAAUUGUAAGAUGAGUGAGGAUCAUCCCAAGGCGACCUGGAAGCUUUUCAUCACCAAAACCAAACACAUCCUGGGUCACGCCCUCGACCUCUUCUCAAACACGUCUCUGUCUGCCGGUGCUGCUGUGCCCCACGUCCUGGAUGCCAUUGCAGAGUUCUCCUUCAGCAGCUUCAGCACUGAGCAUGUGCAGGACGCGUCCUACGUGCAGCGCUGGUUCCAGACGCGUCUGCGGCCCUUCCUGCCGUUCGUCACCCCGUCCUUCCUGUCCUGCCUUGCCACCAAGAACUUCACCUGCCAAACCUUCCAGACUGUUGUGCAGGCUAUGGGACAGCACUAUGAGCAAAUGGACAACUCCACCCAGAUAAAGGUCUACACGGACUUCAUCGAGGUCUUCCUCUCUAACAAGGCUGACGCAGGUUGUACUGCCGGCGUAGCGAACAGUGCUGAUUGGCUGUUGAAGAACUUUGGGCCGUUCUCAGCUGCUGCCUCCGUUGUGGACAUGCAGAGACUUCAUGGCAGCUUCAACCUGAUGGAGGCCCUGCCGCGUCUGACUCUACUGCAGCUGCUGGAGGCGUCUGUGACUCCCGGACUGUUGAGCAGCGCAGCCCAGGCCACAAGCCUCUUACAAUACGUACCAGACCACCUACUGGUCGAAUACUACACCAGACUGGCCGCCGGCGCACAGGACGUAUCGAUCCCUGCCCCGAUCCGCUCGGCGAUGCUGCAGAACGUGUUUGAUCGUGCCAACCUGACUGAUUCGUCCGUGCCUGACGCUGACGUCCUUCUGUGGCUCAACGACCGCCUGGCCUUCCUGCUGCCGAACCUCGUGCCAAAUCAAGUGGCGCCCUAUUUUGACAUCAUCAGGCUGCGACAGUGCGGCACCACCCAGCAGGCUGUGGCCCUUCUGAAUGGCACCCUGGCCAGCCUUCCUGAUGACACCCAGGGCCUGGUGUACAUGCAGAUCAUCAGUCUACUGACAGAACCCUCCCCUCUGCGUUGCUAUGGAAAUGGCAGCUUCUAUUCCUUCCUGGAGAUGACCUUCAUGGGCUUCCAGUUCCCCAACCUCACCACCUUCAUGACACUACUGCCAAGCAGCCGCAAAGUAGAGUUGAUCAACUCCAUCCCUCCAUCUCAACUGGGGAGCUUCCUCAAUAGGCCCAGUGCGCUGGACGACGACACCAAACUCUGCCAGCUCUUGGGAGACUACAGGGAGACAGCACAGUUCCUGGCAACGGAGAACAUUCCAGAAUCCAGCCGGCCCUCCAUCCUGCCGUGUGUGUGGCCCCUGGCCCUGGCUUCCUCCUCCGUGGCGGAGGCCGACCUCUGGUUCGACAGGAGCCUCACGCGUUACCUCCCCUACCUCAACAAGAACCUCAUCAGUUACUCCGCACUACAAGACGCUCGCUGCCUGGCCUUCAGAAAGUUUGUUGAUGUAACUGAGAACCAUGACUACAGCUCUGCCGACUUCACGAUGAUGGACGUGUACUCAACCGUAUACAGCUACCUCAACACAGACCCCAAACCCAGAUGUUACAACGCCUCCUCCCCUGACCUGAGCUCCCUUUCCUGGUUUGAUGAUUACAUGGGCCUCUUCAUCCAGUUCAUCUCCCUGGAGGAUUUCAACACUUUUGGAGGCUCAAGUCUCCAACUGUUCACCCCUAACCUUAAAAACCUGAGGCUCCUCAAUGUGACCGACAUGCCCACCAAUGUCUCAGCUCUCUACGUGGAGCUGCUCUACGCCCUGGAUCCCUCCUUCAAAGCCAUCAACCUCCCCGUACUCCUGCGUUGUUCAGCUCCCGCUAUAGCGUUCACCAACCUCACCAUUGACGAGACCAUGGUGCUCAGUGACACCCUCCGAGACAACUGCUCCUCCAUCGACCCCGACGUGUCUGCAGCCCUGAGCAGCAAUGUGGAGACCAUCACCCCCGACUGCAUCUCCAUGCUGGGCAACUCCAGCACGGGCUUCAGCACGGGCCAGCUGAGCGGGGCCAGUGCCAUGGUGAUCUUCCAGUCCAUCACCACCCUCAGUACCGUGGUGGGAUGGAACCACGGCCAGGCCAUGACGCUCGUGCAGAAAUUGAUCGCCUCCGGGAUGUUUACGAUCCAAAACAAAAAUGACCUGCUGAUGUUGGGCACUCUGAUCGCUGGUGUGCCCUCAUCCAUCAUCGGCACUAUCCAGCCAGCCGAGAUCCUACUGGCAGCUCAGACGCAAUCCAUCGUCACCAACCUCAUAUCGGCACCCACCAUCAUCCAGCAGACCUUCGUCACCCAGCUCAUCUCAGUGAACUCAGCGGUGGGCUCGAUUCUGACCAACGUGCCCAGUGUGUUGGCCACUCAGAUCCCGAGGAACUACCUGCAGGGUUUCUCUGGCUCCACCGAGGUCAUCACCUUGCUGAACCAGAAAAUAUGGACCCAGAGCCAGUCUGUUCUAGUCUUUGACCAGCUGGCCGGUGCCAUGGAUGACCCCACUCAGAUCUCAUUCCAAGUGCUACAGGGCUUCACGUGUACGCGUGUGACAACUCUGACCAAGAUCAAAGUCAAACUUCUCAUCAAGGGCUGCCGGAGACGCAAUAAGAUCAAACUCAAACUCAAGCAGACACAGCUGACGUGCAUGUACUACUACAUACGGAACGAGGCCGAGGCCUCAGACUACUCCCAGCUACCUGCCGAUAUGCUGCUCUACUACGAUUAUGCUAAGGUGACAGAUUGCGUGAGCUACUUCACAGAGGUGGGAAGUGCUGAUCUCAGUGUGUUGUCUGGUCCGUUUGCGUCCCGCAAAGAAACCCUCAUCGCUAACGCCAAAACUUGUCUUGGCAUCACUGGGACCAGUCUCACUGCGGCGAACAUCAACAUUCUGGGCAACAUGAUCUGCUCAUUCGACGGCUCCUACAUCGCGAACUCUGACCCCUCCAUCCUGGAGACCCUGAAGGGCUGUGAUGACCUCACCGUCUCCCAGAUGUCUGGCAUGGAGACUCUUCUCCUCGCUGGCACCAGCACAUAUGGCGCUCCAUCGACAUGGACUCAGGAGUCGCUGGAGAGUCUGGGAAUGCUGCCUCUGUACUUCACAUCCAACAUCUGGAACCAGUUCACAAGGAAAAUCGGACGUAAAUUCUUAAAGAAGUUCAUCAAGGAGGUUAGACAGGACGGUGUGGCCAAAAGGAAGAUCCGAAGAAUGAAGAGGGCGUUCCGAAGUGCCCACAACCUAUCGAAGCGUGAUGCAACAACCGAGUGCACCGCGGGAACCAUCACCCAGACCCAGAUCCACGACGACACCUUCCCCAUCGACUAUGACGCGGCGCAGUUCGACGCCUGCCUCAGCCUGGACGUCCUGAAGGAGAACCUGCCCGCCAUCGCAGACAGGACAGAGGAGGAGGACUACCAUGAGAUCCUAAUCAGGAAGAUAAAUGAGGCCUACCCAGAUGGCCUCUCUGAUGAGCACGUGCAGAUGCUGGGACAGGUGUCCAGAGCGGCGAGCGUUGAUGACAUCAGCAAAUGGAAUGUGACGAAAAUCGACACUCUGUCCAUGUUGAUGAAGUCAUCGGACGGCGAGUGGUCAGCCAAUCAGACGGUGGCCAUCAUGUCUAAGUACCUGGCAGCAGGUAACAGCAUGGACAGCUCUGCUCUGAAUGCAGUGGGAGGCUCUGGGCUCUGUAGUCUGGACGCCAGCGUACUGGAAGGCAUCACCUCCGACAACCUCAAGCUGGCGGAUUCCCUGAACGUCACCAGUUGCAGCUUGGACAAGAAGAAGAGUCUGUUCCCCAUCGCUCAGGCAGCCUUUAUCAGCCAGAGUGUCACCAAGAGGUCCACCGCCACCGUCACCGCCACACAGUACCAACUCAUAGAGCCCUACACAGGUGGCGCCACAGAGUCGUUUGUGCGAACGCUGGUGGCCUCCAACGUCAACAUGGACAUCGACACUUUCCUCGAUCUCGACCAGAGUGUCAUUCAGACCCUGAGCGUGUCAGACGUGAGCAGUCUACUGGGCAGCACCAAUGUAAAUGACCUGGCCACCUACUCUGACAACGCCAUCGUCAAGGACUGGAUCAGCCGCGUCCUCCAGUCCGACCUGGAGACACUGGGCCUGGGCCUGACCGGGGGGCGUGCAGACCCCACCACCACGACCACCACCACCACCACCACCACCACUACUACUACUACUACUACCACUACCACUACUAUUGAGGGUACUACUGUCAAUGUGGAUCCAAUUGCUGGAGACAACACGACUACGACUACCGCGGCAGCUAACAUUACCACGACUGCUGCUACCACCAACUCUACCUCUGGAAGUGUAUCGAGUGUCAGAUCUCCACAGGGCCUCCACUGCCUGCUGCCUACCCUGCUCCUCCUGGCAUCAGCUCUCCUCCUGUUCCAUUGAUAAGGAGAGCAUGACGCAAACACAACAGAGGUUUUUUGGAGAAAAAAAAGAUUUGCACACUCCUUUUGGAUAUUUUUUCUUCUUUAAGUUCUUUUUAAAUUUGUAUCGAUUCAUUGGCAUGAUGACGUCAGUUUCAAAAAACUUCUGUUGUCACAGGAAAGUUCUAUUGGGCCCAAGGAAAGCCAUAAGUGAAACACAAGAGAGGUAUCAAAAAUAAUCAAUAAGCAGAAGUAAAUUCAUGGUGUACGUACAACACCAGCACAUGAUAUUACCAGAGAUUCUUUAAGUAUAUAGAGAUAUGCCAACAUAAUAGGUUUCUAUGGGCACCUAACGUGACCAGGUUCCGGUCUGCCUAAAGGGGCGUGUCAUAAUUCUCCUAGAUUGAAUAGAACAGUCCUUAGGUCUGCCUAGGUCUGCCUAAAGGGGGAUUUUCCCCCCUUCCCCCUUGCAAUAAUAGAACCCGGAAACAAUGGGCCAAUGGAACCUCUCUCUCUCUACUCUCUCUGAUAUUACAUAGCUGUUGCACCAUUUACUCCAUUGUGCCUGAUUGGAUAGCUAGACUGGGUUGUCACUGACAAAAUGCUAAAAAUAAAACGAACAAGAACCCAUCGCAAACAAAUCCAACAAGUGAAUAAGUUACUCUGAUAAGUGCCUGUGUUGGAAGAAAACUGUGUUUCUGUUAUACUGUUACUUUUACUUUUGACACCACUGAACACAACAGAGGUGUCCAUGCCAGGUUCAGAAAGCAAAAAGUCAUACCUCAUAUUCGAAGAGCUCUUUUUCCCAAAAUACUAAUCGAUUUUCAAAAAUGCUCAACCACAGAGGCACCAAAAAUUGUGCACCAAUUUUUUUUUUAUUGUGCUUCCCAGUUAUUAUUGGUGACGUCUCUACUUCCACAUUCUGGCUCUAUGUUGCUGUUUGAAUAUUAUUUAAAGAUUUUUAAAAGACUUGCGCCUCUUGCCACAAAUUGGAAGAGGUCUUUAGAUGUGUUGUUAAUAUCAGUGUUCCACAAAUUGUUAGGCUUUACCCAGCAAUGAAGAGAAGACUCUGUUGCGAAUGGCACUGAUAUAGUUGAAAUCCAGUUUACAGCCAUAUUUUUAUAUGUGUGAAGGGUGUACAAUAGAAAAGGGCAGUGAUCCUGUUAUUGACAUUUGUGUAGUAUAGCCUAGCCUUCUCUAUUGGUGUUCCAGUUUAAAUGGCAAGAAAUGAAGAAUGUGCUGCCAUAUUUGUAAUCUAUUUUAUGGCUUUGCUUUUGGACCGCACUGCUAUGUGUAUGUAAUGGUACAAAUGAAGUAUAAAAUCUCAGGGUAAGAUUUAUUUUGAACCCCUUUAAACUAAUUUGAUUGAACUCAUUUAAAUUCAUUUUUAAAAAUUCUGAUAUUUUAUUAGAUACUCUGCCUUUGUGAUAUGGUCACGUCAGAGUAUAGACAGUGGUGAUUUAACGUGUUACUCAAGAUAUGAGAUAUAGGAUAUAAGACAUAGUUUGACAUAAGCCAUAAGAGAUUGAAGUCAAACAACUUAAACAGGGUUCAGAAAGAUCAGCUUUGAAAUAUCAGCAUUUACGCUAAGGUUGCUUAUAACCGGCUCGAUUGAAAGUUGUAAAUCUUUUGUUUCAUUUUUUCUUGACUCUUUGUUUCUCUGUUUUCUAGAAAUACUAUAUCUAGCAGAAUUAUGUUUAUAUUAUUUCUCGAUUGACCUGUUCUGUCAACCCAAUAUUACACCCAUAAUUUAUGUUUACAACUGCGCUCAUUCUGUUUGAUCGCCAAGGAAAGUUUAUUUCAUUCACUUUAAAGAGCGCUGUUUCUUUUGAAGAACUGAGUUGAGCAGUUCUGCUGCCUUCUGCUCUUUUGCUAUCGCACGUUUCUUUAUCCUCUUUUUGCCUAAAAAUGUACUGUACAUUUUAUCAAGAAGCCUGAAAGCGUAACCAGUGGAUACAACCAUUAAAUAAAAUACUUUAU